UUUUUUUUUUUUUUAAUGUAAGUUUUAUUCUUUAAAGGUUCAGUGUGUAGAAUAUAGGGACCUCUAGUGGUGAAGUUGCAUGUUGCAGCUGAAUACCCCUCAGCUUACCCUCCCCUUCCAAACAUGAAAGAGGAACUGUGGUAGCCUUCAGUUGGCAUAGGUGUUUAUUUUGUCCAGUUUGGGCUACUGUUUAAAACAUGGCGGCCACUCUAUGGUGGCCGCCAGAGGACCUUCUCUUGGUUUAAAUAUUAAGUAUUUAAAUAUAAAGGGCCCAUUAUAGGGUAAAGAAAACAAUCUGUAUAAUUAAGAUGAAAAACACUAGUGUUAUUUCACAUUCAAUUUCUGCCAAUAGAUCCCUUUCACCUAAAUCUGACACACUGGACCUUUAAGUUUUAUUCUUGCACUGUUUUCACUUUUUUUUAAAAAUAUGCUUACCAUCUGUACCUGUACCAUCAUUUUACAGGCUAUGUCAGUCGAAUGCCUGACUUUGUAUCGCUUCAGUUAUUCGUCUUUAAACCUCUAUUUGUAUUUGGCUUCGAUACUCUGGCAUGGUAACUUGUGUCUUUCAAUCACCUUAAAAUUGCUGUAAUAUCAAACUCUUGAAAUGUUGCAGGUCUUACUGGGGCUGACAGAUGAGGACCUGGAGCUGGGUUUAGGUGUCAGCAGUUUAAUGCAUCGCCGGAAACUUCGCCUGGCCAUCGAGGACUACAGAGAUGCUGAGAACGGUAGAGGGCUGUCCAAGGCUGCAGACAUGGACCACCACUGGGUGGCCAAGGCCUGGUUAAGCGACGUAGGCUUGCCCCAGUACGCCCAGGCCUUUCAAAAUCACUUGGUGGACGGCCGCAUGCUUAACUCCCUCACACGCCGGGACCUUGAACGUCACCUCAACAUCACUAAGAAGUUCCACCAGGUCAGUCUGCAGCUGGGCAUCGAACUGCUGCACCUACUCAACUUUGACAAGGAGGCACUUCAGGCUCGCCGGGUCCAGUGUGAGCAUCAGAACGUGGAUCCACUGGUGUGGACGUCUCAUCGGGUCAUCAAGUGGAUCCGAGACAUUGACAUGAAGGAGUUUGCAGAAAGUCUCCUGAACAGUGGAGUUCAUGGAGCCGUCAUGGUGCUUGACCCCACGUUCAACACUGAGGCCAUGGCAACAGCGCUGGGGAUUGCCAACAGCAAGCACAUGGUGCGUCGACAUCUGGUCGAGGAGAUGAAGGCCCUGAUUGGCUCUGCCAGGACAGAUGCCAAACAGGACUAUGAGCGUUUAGGCCCAGGAACGCCACCGACCCCACAUCGGCAGAACUCUCUGGGCCGACCACACAGCUCUGCCGGUCGACACACUGAUGACGAGGGUUCGCUGAGACGGAGGGCUGUGAAGGUGCCUCCAACAGGCUUCAGCCCCAAAGGACGCAAUGGGCGGGACUUGAGUUGCCAUGGCAGCUACAGCUCUCUUCCCCGGGAUAUUCGAGACCAGACUCCGCCCAGAUCCGAGGGAAGUCCGAUUCACGGGUACACCAGCAUCGAGGUCUCCAACGUGUGAGGUCAUCAGAGUGCAGCACCAGACAUCCUCUUCAUCAUGGACAAUCGUUUUCCAUCUAGGCCCCGAACAUGGAUGUUUUCUUCUUUUCUAUAAAUGAGCCUUUAGAGGACAGAUUGCACUUUUUAAAAAGGGACAGGAUACGCUUUUACACGUUUCCUGAUCCAAGCAAGACUUUUUCAAGAAUCACUGUGAGCAGGUGGUGAGAAGAUUCUCCCACGGAAUGAAGGAAGGAUUCAGAAUAAAGGAUUAUUUUUCUAUGUAGUUUAUGUAGUUUGUUUUCGUUGACUAGUUGAUAUUGACAAAGUCUGUUUUCUGAGGGAAAUGAGAAUUAAAAAAACUUUGUAUAAUACAAGGUAGCUUACUUCAAGACAAAAUUAAAAAGUGUAAUAUCAGUGUAAA